GACAAUCAAAUGGCUGAUAUCUUUCUUACAUCAGAUGAGCUUGAAGACCCUGAUGGAAGAAAGCCAGAAAGAUUCCUCAAAAGUUCUUAUCUCAGAAGGACCAUGAUCAGGUUCAUGCAAUGGGAUAUUGCCAUAUAGACACUGCAUGACAUGGCCAUUCAGAGAAACUCGAAGGAAGUGAUCAAGGUCUUGAUCGACCCAGCUAAAAAUGAUGGAGCUUAAUUCAAAUUUUAAUUUCUGAGCAUCCAGCGCUCAUCAUUAUGAAUUCUUGAAGCAAGAUCAUCUAAAACUUUUUAAAAGAAUCCGAGAUGAAGCAGCACAAGGAAGAUUCAAAAUGGUAGGAGGUUCCUGGGUCGAAUUUGACGGCAAAGUCCCAUCUGGAGAAAGCAUGUACAGACAGUUCAUGUAUGGCCUAAGAUUCUUCAAGGAAAACUUCUGGAGUUAUUUUAAAUAGCUUUUACAUGUCAGAUAUCUUUGGGUAUAGCGCUCAGAUACCUCAGAUAACGAAUGAAGCAAGGAUACACUGGUUUGUAACUCAGAAAUUGUCUUGGAAUCAAUACAACAAAUUUCUUCAUAAUACUUACUAGUGGAAUGGACUUGAUGGUUCAGAAGUUUUUGCUCAUUUUCCUCCAGCCAAUGACUUUAAUUCUGAUGAUAAACUUGGUGAUAUAUUGAAAAGCCAAAGCAAUUUUAAGAAUAAAGAAGCAACCAAUUUCCCCUAUUAUUUGGAGAAGGAGAUAGAGGGGGACCUGAGAAAUAACAUAAGCUCCUUGUUUAGAUUUGAAAACCUUCAGGGUCUUCCGGAAGUAAAGAUAGCACUUCCUCAAAUCCCCAAAACCACUCUCCUCUAUCCCAUCUUAACACCCACUCCAAACUCCACCCAAAAGAACCCCUCUCCAACCCCCAAAACCUCCACUCAUCCCCCAACUCCCCAACUCUACCUCCUGCCCUUCGCCCACCCCAUUCUAAAACAAAAUCCAAAAUUUAGCUGUAAUUUCUUGAACUUUUAGGCCAAAUUUAGGAAGAGAGCAAGUGAGGUAGAGGUAUGAGGGUGCAUUAUGAGGAAGGAAGUUUAGGAGGAAGAGGGGGAGGAGAAAGUGGGGUGUUGGGAGGGUAGAGGUUUUGGGAUGGAGGGUAUUAAGAAAUAUUGGGAAUGAUGAGUUGGAUUAGUGGGUUCUAUAAUAGAUCGGUUGGAUUAGAUUGUUAUUGGAUUGGAUGGAGGUUGGGUAAUUGAAGGGGGUUGGAAAGAUAUAGUUAUAACAGAUUUUCUUAAGAGGAUAAUCAUAGUGAUAGUGCAUACUAUGUUUCUUUUAAUAGACAAAACAAGCUUAGAAGAGAGAUAGUCAUUAUUUCUAAUGGGGAUAAAGAUCUUAGGGGCUACAUUGAAGUUCCUGAGAAUUGAUAUGCCUCCAUCACAUCAGAAGACUUAUCCAAAACUUUUGAUGAAAAUUGUAAACCUGAUGCUAAAAGAGUAGAAGGAAGGAUUAAAAUUUGAACAGGUUCUACAGAACAAGAAGUGAAAAUAGAUAAGCAUUAAUUAGAUUUACCAUCCAAAAGUAUUCCCUCUUCAUUGAUCAAUCAAACAGAUCUGACUUAUGCUGAUAAAUCUCUUACAAGAUUGUCUAAGUUCGAAAUUGACUUAAUAAAAUAAUGUUAAGCCCUUAAAAGCAACUAUUUUAUAUUAAAAGCAGACUGUACCAAAUAACUAUCAGCAAAGACUGAAGAGUAUCAAAUUAUAUUGACAAGACUAUUAAGAAGUUUGACCCAAACAAGUUGUAUGCCAGAAUUCACAGGCUAUAAAUAUUCUUAGACUUCAUGACGACAUUCCUGUAUUUUAUGACUCAUGGGAUAUUUUUGAUACGUCAAGAUACACCUACAGAGAUAUUCUUGAUGAUCCUUCCAAAACUGUGGUUAUAGAAACCUCAAGGU